AUGUCGACCGGCUAUGUUGAUGUGAUUGAUACCUUACAGUUUCUGGAUAUUCUACUUUACGUCCAACACGCGAUGUCAGGUAUCAAAUUAUAUCUUAAUGAUAUCUACAUUCCAGACUCUGAUUCCACUUGGCCUGCAACCGAUGAUUUCGGAUCAAGAUUUCUGGAAAUUGAUGAGUAUGAGUGCUCGCAAUACAACCAAGUACCUAGGUUACCUCGUCAACGAGCCUUCUCGAAACAAGCAGCGGAUGCGGACGCCGUUCCAGUUAAACGGAAUGAAGCUCGCAGAACCCGUGGUGUCCGUGUGCGCUCGUACCUUGCAAUGGAAGAGGGGAGGGAUGAAAGCGAUGUUGAUGAGGUUGGUGGUGUCUCUUUACCUGGACUUCGGUCAAGACGAACCAGUGGUUACUCUCGCACGAAGUUGGAUCAAAAUUCCGAGGAAGUUGAGGAUGAUGAUCCGGAAAUUUCGAGCUUCCAAAAACCCAGACUGCUAACGGCAAGGCAGUUGAGUCUGCAAAGGCAUCGGGCUGCAACGGUUGACACAGUCACUCACUCGGGAAUCAAACAGCAUUCUGGUCCGGAAUCCGACCUUCUGACAUUGGAAAGUUUGGAAGCUCCAAGGCGAAUUACAUCGCCUACUCCGGAACAGUUGGAUGCACGCCAGCGAAAUAUUGCACGUCGCCGGGAGUCCGCAAAGCACAGAGCAGAGCUGCAAAAGCGACAGACCGUUGAGAGGCUUUUAAAGGUUAACGCUGAUUCUGAAGGUUUUAUGAAACGUUCCCGGGGACGUGGGGCCCGAGGAGGUACUCGAGGCUUUUCACAUUCGGCUUCUGCCACUUCCUUGUUAUCUGUAUCAUCCAACAUGUCGGGUAUCUAUGACGAAUCGGAAUCCUCCACAGCGGCAAUCACUGCUCGUGUUGACGAAGAUGAUGAAGAUUCUGGUCAAGACACAGCGACUGAAGCGUUGGAUCUGGACCUCAUUGCUCGAAUAUCUUUGGCAAAACAACAUGGCCUUAGUGAUUCUCUGAUGGACCCCAGCCGCGAUCAUAUCCGGUGCAUUUCCUCCAUUCGCUUAUCUCCCUCAAAUCGCGUCUGCUUCCCGCCAAAUAUCGAUGCGGCGUUAAGCAUGUCAACAUCCAAGGAGCCCCCUCCAGUACCUCCAACUCGCCUUUGCGGCUUAGGGUGCGGACGUCCACGGCGGUACACCUGCUCAACCACUGGAGUACCACUCUGUAGCUUAGCUUGUUACAGACAAAAUAUAGUCAAUGUGGCCAAACAGAACAAUACGGCACUCGUCAGUCGAUGACCACUUCCAUCUUUCACUCGUUUUAAUCCAAGUGCAUUCUAUUUGCCAUCUUAAAUCCCGCGGUAUUUAUUGUUUUCUUAUGAGUCUUGUACAUAGCUCUUGUUAAUACACAAACUCCCCUGAUUUUAUGACUGGAAUUUGGUUAUGUUGUUCAGUUUUUGGCUGUGAAUCGUGCACUUUCUUCAGAUUUCUCUCAUUCGCUGACGAGUAGGAGAGUAGCGAGAAUACGGACAUGCAGC